AUGUCUUACAACUAUGAAGAACUUUCUUUGAGUGAAAUCAUAGAUUUAAUGCGACAAUGGCGCGAAAAUAAUGAGAGAAAAAGUGAGGACAUCAUGGAACUUUGGUUAAAUGUUUUAGAAACUAAUCUUAAUAAUUAUGGCAAUGAAAAAUAUGUAUUAUUAGAGCAAAUAAUUUAUGCGGCACUUGACUGUCAUCAAUAUGGAGUAGCUAAUGCACUGAUAUACUUAUUAUCAAUGGAAUUCCCAGGAAGCUUGAGAGUUAUGCGUUAUAAAUCAGCAUUACUUGAAGCUGAGGAGAAAUAUGACGAAGCUCUGAACAUUCUAGACAGUAUCAUAAAGGCGGAUGAGACAAAUGCCGCUGCAAGAAAGCGACGGGUCGCCGUACUCAAGGCACAAGGACAUAUUAAUGAAGCUAUCAAGGAACUGGCGGACUAUUUAAAGAAAUUCAUGUCAGACGUGGAGGCUUGGCAGGAGCUUUGCGAGUUGUACCUACAAGUUCAGGAGUACGGACGCGCCGCUUUUUGUGCCGAGGAACUGAUCCUACACCAGCCACAUAACCACCUAAUGCACCAGCGUCUUGCUGAUAUCCGUUACACAAUGGGUGGUGUGGAAAAUAUGGAAUUAGCAAAAACCUACUACUGUCAAACAUUAAAACUAAAUCCUGACAACAUUCGUGCUUUAUUAGGCUUAUUCUUGGUGGCCAAUAAUCUAGUGGGUCACUACAAGUCAUCAGGCAGUUCGAAGCGCAAGGAGGCAUGGAAGCUGGCUCAGUGGGCGCAAUCCAAGACUGCGGCUAAGCAGAGGGAAGCACAGUCCACGGCUUCACCCAACCUUGCUGAUAUGAUGCUGUCCCUUUCACUCGCUGAAUAA